UGCAGUUUACCCUUUUAAACCCUAACAAAGGUUCUGCAUCCACGUUCGAGAAUGGAGCUCCGUUGCGCAACUCUUCAGGCCUCAUUCUCUUUCUCUAUCAGAGGCAAAACUCUUCCUCAUGGAGACGCCUCCGCCGCCUGCUCUUCCUCCUCGUCCUCGGUUUCCAGAAUUACAGCUCGGAGCUUCUCCUUGGGUUCAAAAAGUAGAGCAGGGUUCCCCUCACUGACGUGGCGAGUUAGACUGAAGAAAUCAUCAUCUUCUGCCGUUGUCAGAGGUGGGAGUGAAGAACCUAGUCAUUGCAGUACAGAUACUCUUGAUUCUUCGAAUACCACUCCUGAUGAUUCAGUAAGAGAUGUUCAAAAUGCAAAAAGUGACGUUGAAUGCUUGGAUCAGCAUAAAAUGACCAAAGUGUGCGACAAGCUUAUUGAAGUCUUCCUGAUCGACAAGCCAACUCCAACAGAUUGGAGACGGUUAAUUGCUUUCAGUAAGACUUGGGACAAUAUCCGGCCCCAUUUCUUUAGGAGGUGCCAAGAUCGAGCUGCCUCUGAGGAUGAUCCUGGUAUGAGGCAUAAGCUACUCCGGCUUGGAAGAAAGCUGAAAGAGAUUGAUGAAGAUGUGCAGAGACAUAAUGAACUUCUUGAAGCGGUCAGAGCAGCAGCACCAUCAGAACUUGGUGAAAUUAUUUCUAGGCGUCGUAAAGAUUUUACAAAAGAAUUCUUUGUGCAUCUUCACACGGUGGCUGAAUCUUAUUAUGCUGAUCCGGCCGAGCAAAAUGCUUUGGCGAAGCUUGGGAAUUCCUGCCUAGCUGCUGUGCAAGCAUACGAUGCUGCAACUGAAAACAUUGAAGCACUGAAUGCUGCAGAGUUGAAAUUCCAGGAUAUCAUCAAUUCUCCAACUUUAGAUGCAGCUUGUAGAAAGAUAGACAGUUUGGCAGAGAAAAACCAACUUGAUUCUGCAUUAGUAUUGAUGAUUUCAAAAGCUUGGUCAGCAGCAAAGGAGUCGAAUAUGAUGAAAGAUGAGGUGAAAGACAUACUAUACCACUUGUACGUGACAGCAAGGGGUAAUCUUCAAAGAUUAAUGCCAAAAGAAAUCAGGAUUCUGAAGUAUCUUCUCACAAUUAAGGAUCCGGAGGAGAAGCUAAGUGCUCUGAAGGAUGCAUUUACCCCCGGAGAAGAAGUUGAAGGACAAGAUGUGGACUGCUUAUACACGACCCCAGAGAAGCUUCACACGUGGAUAAAGACAGUGCUGGAUGCUUAUCAUUUUAGUCGGGAAGGCACCCUCGUAAAGGAAGCCAGAGACCUUAUGAAUCCUGAGGUCAUCGUUAAACUGGAGGAAUUGAAGCUUCUUGUUGAGAAAAAAUUCAUGUGAGGUAAAACAAGGAUUUGGUAGUUGGGUGUGUUGAGUUAUGCAUCAAAAGUUGUAUACCCCAUUUUCCCAGUAUUGUAUACCAAAAACUAAUAUGAAUAAUGGCAAUAUGUAUUCAAGAUAGUUUUGUUUUCUCCUCGGAAUUAGAGUGUAGUUCAAGUGGCUUCA